UCUUUGUAUUAAAUUUCAUAGACACAGAGCAUGCGAGAAUUUUGUUAUGUAAACUCAUGCGUUGCCAUAGGUGACUGUCAAUAAAAGCGCUAACUGAGUCGAAUAGUUUGGCAAGUAAUAGUUUAAUAGUCUUAAAAUUGAAAUAAGACCGAUAUAAUUUUACAUAUUUUCUGAAACAUUUGUUCCGAAGGUACAUAUUUAUGGAAUAACUAGGAAUAUAUGACCUUUUUAGAAGUCCGUAAACACUAGCUUAAAGUUCCAUUUAUCGAAAAAAGAACAUUUGUUUGAUUUGAUUUUUCCAAUUCUGUUUCCAUUUAAUCUGUAAACAUAACCAACCGUAGGCAAAACGUUAUUUCAACAGAGUCGAUAUCAGAUGCCACUUACUUCAAAUUUCAAGCGAAGAGUGUCAUUCUGUAGUCUGGAAUCUAUAAAGGGCUUUAUUGUGUAUAUGGUUAUUGUCAGUGAUUAUAAAAGAGAAUCAAUUAUUCCAGUCUGUUUUUCUGACGCCAUUCCAAGUACAGUAUUUUACAUACGUGAAUCGACCAGCGGCAGAUGACACAAAGCACGUGAGGAAACAUUUUGAUUUUGAGGACUUGAUUCUAAAAGCGAGAUUUGGAUGACGGGUGCUAUGGAACUGGUCGUGUGUUUAGACAUAGGGUCUACAUACUCUGGAUACGCCUACUCAACAAGACACGAGUAUGAUCAACAGAUGCUCAAUAUACAUCACAAUGAGGAAUGGAUGUCUGGACAUGCAAAUCUACACACGUUUAAGACACCAAGCAUAGCAUUACUACAACAGGAUAAAACAAUACACAGCUUUGGUUACGAGGCAGAGCGUAAAUACACACAAUUACAGGAUGCCAAACAACAAGAUAUGUGGUUCUAUUUCAAACGCUUCAAGGCCGAUCUCAAAACAAAGCAAUUUCGGAAAGACACUGUGAUAUUAGAAGAAGGCGGGAAGUCCAUUAACGGAAUAUCGUUGUUCACUGUCGUAUUGAAAUUCCUGAAAGUUCACUGCUUUUCUAGUUUAGAAGACAGUGCUAGAUAUGGAACAUCAGAAAUGUUAGCUAAAUAUACAUUGCGCUAUGUGAUCACUGUGCCAACAAAAUGGGACAAUGCCUCUAGGGAUUGUAUGAAGUCUGCUGCCAAAAAGGCAGGCUUGAAUCCGUGUUUCAUCUAUACCGAGAGUGAGGCUACAAGAAGAUACUGUCAAUUAAUUCCCUUGAGACCAAAUAGUGAAAGUCCUUUCUACGUUCAGAAGCCUCAAAGUCGCCAUAUGAUUGUGAAUUUAGGAGGGAGCGGCAUCGAUACAGCUGUGCAAGAUAUUAUGGAAGAUGGCACUGUGAAGGAAUUCUCAAAAAAUGUGGGUAACGCUUCCGGUGGAACACGUGUAGAUGCGGACUUCCUGAAAUUCUUAUCAUCCUUAUUCGGGAACGAGUUCAUGGACCUUUACUCAAAAAAGCAUAAAGUGGAUUUUCUGGAACUUCAAUACGAGUUUGAAGUACGGAAACGAAGAUUUUCCCUAGAAUCAGAUCAAGGCACUUCUCUGGAACUGCCGAAUUCCAUGAUUAAAAUGUACACCACAAAGUAUAAGCAGUCACUCCAGUAUAUGAUUGACGAUACGGAUUUUGUUGGAAGGGUUUUGUCGCAAGAUGAGUAUCUGAUACUCGAUAAAACUGUAAUGAAGGACAUUUUUGGUCCGGCUGUAAAAAGCACAGUUGGGUACUUGACGAAUUUGUCACGGGACCCGGAAACAAAACAGUGUGACGUCAUCAUUCUUGUUGGAGGAUUUUCAGAGUCCCCUGUUGUAACGGGUGCUACACGAUUUUAUUUUCCGAACUCAAAUAUGAUAACCUUAGACGAUGCGGCUCUGACAGUAUUAAGAGGUGGAGUCCUGUUGGGUCAUAAUCCUGGAUCGGCCCUUUUGCACAAACCAAGCUUUUCCUAUGGAAUCGGAAUGGCGGUUCCUUUCCGUGACAACCAGCAUCCGAAUGAAAAACUUUUUAUUGCUAAGGAGAAACAGUAUUGCUCUGCAGUUUUCACACCGCUUGUUAAAGCAGGAAAAUCUAUAAACAUAGGGGAUUUCAGUCGAUCUAUAAGACUGUCACUGAACAGACAAUUUCAAAAAACUGUUGCUGUACCGGUGUACGAAUCGAGAGUCUUGCAUGCAAAGUAUGCAACGGACGAUGGAUGUUACUUGCUUGGAAAACUCAAAGUACCCGUUGGCGAUGACGAUAAAGUUCUUGUGCGCUUUCUACUGCUUGGUGACUAUCUAAUUGUUGAGGGAUUUAAUGAAUCGUUUAGAACUGUAUACCAAGAAUCUUUCAGCCUUAAAGAGGACAGUGAGCGGACAUGAUUUUACAAUCAUUUAGGCUCCCAGUCUUUUUGCAAGCACAAAGCUUAUUAGCCUAGGGCAUAUGUGUGAUUUUGCACAUUCGAUCAAAAAGGGGUUUUAAAUGAUGUCUUGAACACAUAUGGACAUACUUGAUAACGAAGACAAUAACUUGUUCAAAUUGCAACUCAGCGUACCUUUUCUCAUGAGCCAAAGCUGGUAUAUUUGUAGUUCUGAAGAAACAGACCUGAACAUUUAUGGACUAAUUUCGUGAAUUUACAUGGGUUUUGAGAUAUCAUUAUAGUAAAACAUACAUAACAGUUCUUUUGUCGUGCAAAAGACAACAAAGAUAUUCUACAUGUUUUCCAUAUAAAUUAUUCCACAGCUUAAUGGUGAAAAGCUGCAUAUGCAUUUUGUUACAAUAUGUUCAAUGACAUACACAAGUACACUGAAUAGCACCUUGAUUGAACCUUGAGCCAAUAUUUGAAUAGACAUGUGUUAUUAGAAUACAAUGUAUAUGUUAUACAACCCAUGAUGGGCAAACGCGCAAGAAAUACUCAACUUGAUAGAUUUUUGAGAUAGUAAUAUACUAAGAAACGUUGUAUUUGGUUAAAUUUGUCAGAAUGAGGCUGCUAUUAUUUUACUUACUUGAGUUCUGUGUCUCCAAAGGAUAUUUUUACAGAAUUUAUUAUUUAGUAUAUUACGAGGUAUUUCGAAUCUCCUGAUCCCAACUCGCUUUAAAGGUGGUUAAUCGGAGUUUAGUCAAUUAAUCAAUUUCAUUGAAACAUUAACAUCUGAUCAUUCACGAUUACAUUUGUUCACUGAGGUCUUAAUACAUGUUAGACUUUCAGUGGAGGUAUUUUCUAAAUUUGAUUUUCCAAUGUCAGCCUUGGUUCUUGGAAAUGGAUCAAUGUCUGACAGUCCUAAUAAGAAAUGAAAUUGUACAUAGAUCUUUUGGUCUUUGGAAGCUUAUUAUGAAAACAAUCAUCUAGUGUUAGAUAUUGCAAUAUAAAUUUAUUUUGUUAAACUCAUUGGAAAUCCAUACAUGCUGAUGCCUUUUAUACGUCCAUUUAAAAAAAAUGAAACACGUUAUGUUUUCUCCCUUUACCGGCUUGAGGGUGGUUGAAUUAAAUCAGAGCCCCGUCAAUAACUAGAGCAUUUUUCUUAGAACGACACUAUCUUAAGUGUCUGUCUCUAUAGAAACUCUAUAGAAUCGAAGUCUAGUUCGAUAACCAGCCAUUUCCUACAAGUACAUGCAAAGUCAUGGCAAUAAGAUUGGUCAACAUUGACAGUGUCAGGUAGAUGACAAGAUUAUUAUUUCUUUGAUGAUGUUAAUUAUACUUAUACAGAACAUGUAUUAAUAUAAAAUCUAGGUGUUUGUUUCAUCAAACCUUCUUAUUAUGCAUUUGCAUUCAGCAUUUCACAAUAUAUGCAUUGACAAAAACAUUUGCUAAAAACUGUUCUUUAUUUUUGUUUACUUGCAAUUCAUUAUCAUUACAAUCUGUUAUUUUGUAUUUUGAGGAUAGAUUUAAUCACAAAAUAAAAUAAUUUGUCAUAUCAAGAGAAUUAUAUCUUUAAAGUGCAUAAAAAAUUCUGUUGUAAACAACAAACAGAGUUUAAAUUGAUGAUAAUUCCAAAUGACAACACAUCUCUGUUGUAACAUGGCAUUGUAAAUGCCACGAUCUCUGUUAGGACAAAACGCAAUUAUAUAUUAUCAUAAUAACAGGAAAAUAAACUAAAUAAAU